AUGUCGUCUGACAAGCUCUCACGGGCCGAGUCGCGAGGAAAGACACCCUUCGACGUCGACCACGAAAAGGGCGAUGGUAUCUACCAUACAACAUCAGGUCCUGUACAAGGCGAUGUCUUUGACGAGUCUUAUGGAACAACACAUCGUGGUCUUAAAUCACGACAUGCUCAGAUGAUUGCUCUGGGUGGAACUAUCGGCACUGGACUGUUCGUCGGAAGUGGUCAGACACUUGCCAGAGGAGGUCCGGCAUUCAUUUUAGGGACGUUCAUUUUCAUGGCUGCACUCAUCUGGAUGAUAGUUACCGAUCGAUUUGUGUCUUCCAGUUUCGGCUUCGCUCUUGGAUGGCUGUACUGGUACUCUCUCGGAAUCUUAGUGCCGUACGAAAUCACUGCUGCAGGUCUGGUCAUCGAGUACUGGGGAUCCACCAUCAACAUCGCUGUUUGGAUUUCAAUCAUGCUGGUCCUCAUUGUGGCCUUGAAUCUACUUCCUGUAAAGUUCUACGGCGAAGUGGAGUUCUGGUUCGCUGGAACCAAGGUCAUCAUGAUGAUCGGCCUCCUGAUACUCAGCUUCGUUCUCUUCUGGGGAGGAGGACCUUCGCACGACAGACUUGGCUUCCGCUAUUGGCAAAAUCCUGGCGCCGCGAAUGUCUAUCUUGCCGGGGGAAACACCGGACGAUUCAUCGCAUUACUCUCGACCUGGGUGCUCAGCGCGUUCCCCUUCGCGUUCGCCCCUGAACUCUUGGUUGCUACUGGUGGUGAGAUCGAGGACCCUCGCCGUAAUCUUCCAAUCGCUGCUAGGAGAUAUUUCUAUCGUCUGAUCUUCUUUUACAUCUUUUCAGUCCUUGCUAUCGGUGUCAUCUGCCGCUCAGACGACUCGCAAUUGACCAACGGCGGUGUUGGAGCUGGUUCUAGUGCUUUCGUCAUUGGUAUCAAGAACGCUGGCAUCCCCAUCCUCGACUCAAUCAUAAAUGGCGGAAUCAUCUUAUCAGCGUGGUCUUCGGGUAAUUCAUUCCUCUAUCUAUCUGGCAGAAGUCUGUAUACUCUUGCUCUGGCUGGCAACGCUCCUGCUUGGUUCAAGCAUUGCAGCAAGAAUGGCGUGCCUUACCGCGCUAUGGGUGUAUCUUCCCUCUUCUCACUCCUGGCCUAUCUCAACGUCGCGAACUCUGCUAGUGUUGUGUUCAACUGGCUUGUGAAUUUAACCAACACCUCAGCAUUCAUCUCUUGGAUCUGCUGCUGCGUUACCUAUAUUCGCUUCCGCAAAGCUAUUGCCGCCCAAAACAUCCCUGAAAGCGAGCUUCCAUACAGGAACAACAUCAUGCAACCUUGGGGCGCUUGGUUUGCAAUGAUCUUCUUCACAAUCCUUACGCUCAUUAAUGGCUUCACCGUCUUCUGGCCGCAGAACUGGUCCAUCGCAAGUUUCUUCACAGCAUAUGUCGGCAUUCCUAUUCCAAUCAUCAUCUUCGUGGUUCACAAGGUCUUCUGGGCACGCAAUGAGCCUUGGGCUCGUCCACCAAUGACCGUUGAUCUUGUCAGCGGUCUGGACGAGGUGUUACUCCAGGACAAGCCCAAAAAGCCAUACACCAAGUGGUACCACUACAUCAAAGUCUUGUGGGAAUAGAUUUGGGCGAGAAGGUUUGAUACGUGGUUGAGAUGUGGUAAGACUGAGUUUGAGGUGUGUGCGAUCUGAUGUCGUGGAAAACUUGACCUGAGCGGCAUCGGCUCCCGCGGAGUGAAUACCUUAUCUUCAAGACAGCGCCAAAAGUUCAUACACGC